AGUUCCGGUUCCGAACUUCCGGCCGCCGUAAGGCUGCACUUGAAAACCCUGCGAACGGAGUGUGUGACGGAGAAGUCUGGUAACUGCGUCAAGUCUGACGGUCCGGUUUAAGAUUAAAUCAAAGACGCUAUCUUUUUUUCUUUUGGGUUUCCAGGUUUCUUAAACAAAGCUAAGUGACAGCCGACAACAUCAGGCAGGGCGUUUAAAGGGCUUUCUGAGCGGCAUUAAAGGGGUGUGAGAGGGAAUGGCAGCUCCGCGGCCCAUUAAAGGCAUUUUAAAAAAUAAAAGCACCACCAAACCGUGUCCUGAAGUUCUGUUUGAGAGCUCAGAGCCGACGGGAUCCGACUUUACCGAGGACGAUCAACAGAAGAAGUCACAGAAAUGGGACGAGAUGAACAUCCUGGCCACGUAUCACCCAGCUGAUAAAGAUUACGGUCUGAUGAAAAUCGAUGAACCAAGUACACCAUAUAACCGGAUGGUAGGUGAAGAUGAUGAUGAUGAAGUGCACAGCGAUUCAGAAAGUAACGCAGCCCUCACUGUGGACGACCUUGCCAAGAAACUGGCAGCAGCUGAAGGUUCAGGCCCUCGCUGUAUGAAGGAGGAAGAGGAGGAGAGCAGUGAGGAGGAAGAGCAGCUCAGUCCAGAGGAACAGGCCAAAAAGAAGCAGUUUGAGCGGAUGAGGAAGAUGCAUUAUAAUGAAGGACUUAACAUUAAACUAGCCAGACAGCUGAUCGCCAGAGAGCUUGAGGAGGAGGAGGUUGAAGAGGAGGAUGAGGAGAUGAAGGAUGACACAGAGACAGAGGACAUUAAUGUAGACCCUCCUCAAGAUGCAGAUUCACUGGAGUCAUAAGCAAGGCUGUAGUGCAUUGGGAAGAGUCUUGGAGGCUGUGAUUGUGGACGCUCUGCUCCCUGAUGAUCCUUUUGUAUUCGACACGCUCUGCAAUGAAAAACCACACCGACCCGCCGGCUGCUCCGCCUGUUGCCAAGAGUGUGUCGUGUUACUUUUGUCUUGCAAGAAACAAAGGCCUAAAGACUGUUAUUAGAGAGGCAAACUCAUCAGCGAUAACCAAGCCACUGCUUAUUUUAUUUUAUUUUAUUUAACUUCAGCUACAAAACUGCACUGUUAGUACAAGCUAAUAAAGCCCCACAUAUACCUGCUACUAUUUUUGCCUACAGAUGGCACAAUCAGUAUUUCUCCAUGUUUAGAUGGCAUUUGUACACAUCACUCAGCUUUGUCUUAAUUUUUCAAUCGUACAUAAUUGGGUGUGAAUUUGGAUUGGCGUGGACUGUCUGCUGAAGUCUCUCCAAUCAGAUGUCACUACAAUAUUCAGCAGUUAGACACCUUAAAAAGAGUUUAAAAAAACAGCACUUAAAUGUAUUAAAAGUACAUUUAUAUUUACUUGCCUGCUAACAACAGAAACCCACAGCAUGCUACAUAGAGGUGAUUGGGCCAAUGUGGGUGUUUAGUUGGCAUUUAUGCACUAUUUUAAAGUUGUAAUCCUAUGUGGCAUCGCUGUCAUCACUAAUAUGUAACAUUUUAUGGGGUCAUUUUUGUGCCAAAUCUAUUAAAGCAACAAUCCUAAAUGUCCCUCUGUUUACCUCUAAUAUUUAGCGUAUGAUUAUUUUUAUUUCAUUUUUUUAUCUCUGCAAGCUUUAACAAAGAAUGAGAUGUGUUUCUUUUUAUUCCAAAAGUUUACCUUUCUCUGUUUCUCUCUCUUUAAUCAGAUCAUUUUUGGUUUGCAUAAAUUUGCUUACAGAAAAAUAAUAACAAUAGAUAACAAUAGUCCAUGCAUUUCUUUUUCCAACUUUUUCCAACAUUAUUGUUUCUGUGGCAAAAUCUUGCAGAGAUGUGUAUGGCAGAUUCUCCAUACGAACAGAUUUUGAAGUGCAAAGUUCUAUAUAAGGUGACAUUUCUUUAACAUUUAUGGAAGGAGACUCCGGUGUCCCUGUUUAUGCAACAGCCAGAGGUAAAUCAGUAACUACAUUUUCAGGACAGAGGAAUUUACUCAUUGCGGUUCUCAGUAAUAUGACAAUCUGUCUUUUUUUUUUUUGUCUCAAAUACAAGAGAUAAGACAUGUACAUCAUGUUUAAAAAAAAUAAAUAAAUGUUGUAAUUGUUGGUAAAUUGCUGUUGUGUUAAUGCUUGUGGGUCUUUUCUUUUUUUUUCCUGGGUUGUAUAUUGGUUUCAAUGCUAAAUAUAUUUGGCACUAAAAUGACUCCAUAAUGGACCUUUACCUGUUUAUCUAAAAAAGACAAAUAAUUUGGGAGGGGUUAAUAUACUGUAGGUUGUUAAUGAGACAUGUACAUGAAAUCUUUUCUUUUGUCAGGUUUGGUGUCUGGUUUAUGUCUGUUCUUUAAGUGCACUGGAAAUUAUACAGCUGAUUUGUAAUGUAAAGUUCUAGCUAGCACUUUGGAUUGAUGCAGCCUGCACACCUGAGGGGAUUUUGUGCACACUUCAGUUUUGACUACAUCAUAGCUUUAACCAUUGUAAUGUAUUUGAUGUCUACUGUACACUUAACUAAUGGAUUUUGCUCUGUGUGACUUAAGAGCUGGUUGCAUACAGCUGUGCCUGAUGUUAUGGAUGAAAUAUUUCAGAACAUUAUCAAGUAAAACUGCUUGAACUACUGAAGUUGAAACCGAGUUAAGGGAUUAAAAUUCCAGAGUCUUGGUUGUGUCACAAAUGGUAGUUGACUGUCUUUGGGAAUUUUAAAUGAAUGUGUGAUUUGGGAUGCUGUAUUUAAAUGAAUGUGUGAUCUAACCUGGCUGGUAGUGUGUGUGUGUGUGUGUGCGUUAAUUAACAUUUAAAAUUUAAGACAUAAUUAACAUUUAGGAAAAAGUUGAUUUAUCUUUCAUGUUUUUUUUUUUUGUUUUCUUCAUAUUUCACACAUGGACUGUUAUUAUUUCUUUACAAUAACAUCGGUUCUUCUUUGCAAAACCACUGCACCAGGUUUAUGCAACAUUUUCUCUUGUUUUUUAGUCUUAAUUUUGUGUGUAAUGAUAUUCAUUUCUGAUCAUAAUCAUCUAAUUAUUCUCUCCCUGUUUCUGAUAUUAUAUUGAUACAAAGGGCAACAGCCUGCUUGCAAAACUAGUAUUCACUAAAAUAUGGUGGAAUAAAACACAUCCACUCCA